GCUAAUGCGCAUGCGCGAACAUGUUCCCAGUGGUACACAGUGUGACCGGGUUGCAGCGCGCGUGCGGAUGGCGUGAGUGCAGUGAGGUGACUCGGUGUUACAGCGUUACAGUGUCACAGCGUUACACUUUCUCACUUUCAACCAGCGGGUCCGAGCUUCCUGUUCAAAUGGAAUCUUUUAUUAAAUUCACCAAUCAGAGCCAAGGAAGGGAUCGCGUGUUCAGGGCAACCCAGUACGCAUGCGCAUUGGCCAAGUACCUGCUGCGAAAGCACACAGAGAGAAAAGUUAUGGUGCAGAAGUUGCAGAGUUUGGAGUCCAGCAUGAGCUCAGGACGGAAGUUUUUCAGGCUUGGUAAUACAGUGAGUUCAAUUGAUGCAGCCAGGAGAACCCUUUACCUGACUGACCCUGUGCUGAGGUUUUGCCUCACCGUAGCCAAUCUGAACCGCGCCCUUUAUUUCAUCUGUGACAACGUCCUCUGGGCCAGAAGCAUCAGCCUCAUCCAAGACAUCGAUAAGGACAGAUGGAGCCUAAACGCCACCCGAUAUUACUUUUACUCCUUGGUGAUGAAUCUCAUCCAGGAUGCUUACAUGAUUGCCCAGCUCAUGGUCCAGAAGUCUCGAGAUGGACAAUAUCGACAGAAAGUCAACGAUCACCUCAAUGAGAGCCAAGACACGGCUCCUGUCAUUAUUCCACAGCUUGAUGCAUUUCUGUUCCUUCUAAUUGAGAGCCUCAGAAGACACCCAGCUUUAGCUCUUGAUGUGCUGAAGAAUGCAUGCGAUCUUUUCAUUCCUUUAGAUAAGCUAGGACUUUACAGGACAAAUGAAGGCGUCACAGGACUCUGUGGACUUGUUUCAUCUCUUAUAGGGAUACUGUUGGUCCUGAAGCCCAGUCUGAAAAACAAACCAUAAGAGAAAGUGGCUUGAAGCCCAGACAGGAAGUACUUUUAUACAUCAGCUUCAUGUAAACUGAUUGUCAGUCUAUGAAGCUGAUGCAAGUAGUGCAAUCUGACAUUAUAAAUUGAACUAGAGUCUUGGAUGGAUCACUCUGGUAGAGUCAGAGGACAUUUUAUAUAUUAAUGGAAAUAAUAUGCCUAGUAAGUAGUUACCUUUGUGGUGUGAAUCCCAAAUGAGCUUUUCGGUUUUAUAUGAGAGCCAAUUUUUUCAUGGCUGUUGACACAUGCAUUCACUGUCCACUUUAUUAGGAACACACAUACACCUGCACUGUCAUACAGUUACCUAAUCAACCAAUCAUGUGGCAGCAGCACACUGCAAAGAAUCAUGCAGAUGCAGGUCAAGAGCUUCAGUUAAUGUUCACAUCAAACAUCAGAAUGAAGAAAAAAUGUGAUUUCUGUGACUUUAAUCAUGGCAUGGUUGUUUGUGCCAGAUGAGCUGGUUUGAGUAUUUCAGAAACUGCUGAUCUCCUGGGAUUUUCACACACAACUGUCUCUAGAGUUUACACAGAAUGGUGCAAAAAACAAAAAAACACUGAGUGAGUGACAGUUUUGUGGCUGAAAACGCUUUGUUGAUGAGAAAGAUCAAAGGAGAAUGACCAGACUGGUUUGAGCUGCCAGGAAGUUUAUAGUGACUCGAAUAAUCAUUUUUUACAACUGUGGUGAGCAGAAAAGCAUCUCAGAACGCACAACACAUCAGACCUUGAGAUGGAUGGCCUACAGCAGCAGAAGACCACAUCAGGUUCCACUCCUGUCAGCCAAGAACAGAAAUUUGAGGGUAUCAUGGGCACAGACUCACCCAACCUGGACAUUUUGAAGACUGGAAAAAGACCAGAUGCUUUUUUUUUUUUUUUUUUUCUCUAAUCUUCAUCUGUCCAGUUUGGGUGAGUUUUUGGGUGAGUCUUCUGCUGUUGUAGUCCAUCCACCUCAACGUUUGAUGUUUUGUGCAUGCUGAGAUGCUUUUCUGCUCACCACCCCACCAUAUGAGUUACUAUAUCCUUCCUGGCAGCUCAAACCAAUCUGGCCUUUUUCCUAUAACCUCUUUUAUCAACAAGCCGUUUCCACCCUCAGAGCUGUCACUCGCUCAGUGCUUUUUGUUUUUUUUGCACCAUUCUGCGUAAAUUCCCAAGAGAUCACCAGUUUUUCCUUCAUUCCGAUGUUUGAUGUGAACACUACCUGAAGCUCUUGACCUGUAUCUCCAUGAUUUUAUGCAUUGCACUGCUGCCACAUGAUUGGCUGAUUGGAUAAAUGCAUAGAUGUGUAGAUGUGCGGGUGUUCAUAAUAAAGUGGACAGUGAGUGUAUGUAUCUAUGUGACUGGAUUACUAUGAAACACUAGGGGUUUCAUCAGUUCUGCUGAAUGAUGUGAGAUCCCCUAUCAAUUAUAAUGAUUCAGAUCUUCAGAUCUACCACUAUUAAUGCAUUUUGCAUAGGAGCUCCACAUUUUAACACUAGACUCCAAAUAAGUGUUUUGAACUCUCUGAUAGAUUACUGCCAUCUUGUUUUAGCCUGGAUGGGUGAAUCUUCCAUCAUUUUUACUAUAUAUUAAAACAGUUGAGCAAAAUAUUAGGACUGUUACAGUCUGAACAAUUUAAACAAUCUUUCAUUGGGGUUUUAAGAGCAUUUAUUUAGAGAUUUACUUAAUAGGUAACACUACAUGCAAUACUAUUUUUGUAGGUAGCAAAGAAAGCCCUACACCUGACUGACUUUAAAAUUUAUUUUUUUAAAAAUGUUUGUAUUCUACAUAACCGUGAAUUCUGUAAUUGAUGUGCAGUUAGGUCUGUAGUCAUAGCAGUGUCACAUGUCUUAGCUAUCCUGAAACCUGCAAUAAAUAAACGAACGAAUUAUGUAGGUUUGACGGCAA